AUCCGGUACUCCUGUCCUCCUUUCUCCUUCUCCUUUCAGAGGAGGUUUCUCGCCCUCCUCCUCUUCUUUCUUUGGAUACUCCAACGCCUCAACCCUCAUCCUUGUCUCUUUUGUUGCUUUGAUCGUUUCUUCAAAAUUCCAAGUUUUUUUGUACCAACAGAUCUUGCAGGAGCUCAUUCUCUUCUUAGUCCACCCUUCUCUUCCUCAUUCCUACUUCCCUUUUACAUUUGGAUCGCUGGGUUCUAAAAGUCAACUGACCAAGAAGGAAGGCAACUAACAGACAAUUCAACAGCAGGUGAAAAAGUAAAGCAAUAAGCAGUUAUGACAGACAAACCAGGCAUGCCGACGGGUGGCGGCGAUGAUGCAGGAAGCAUCAUGGCAUUGCUGGAGCGCGUGGCGGGCCUCAUGGACAGUGUCCAGACCACGCAGCAGCGCAUGGAGGAGCGUCAGCUGGAGCUGGAAAACACGGUGAAGACCAUCCAGGGCGAUAUUGUUAAGUUGACCAACGACCACGCCAACACCAGUUCCACUGUCGACCGUCUGCUGGAGAAGACACGCAAGGUCAGCCGCCACAUCAAGGACGUCAGGGUGCGUGUGGAGAACCAGAACAUCAGGGUGAAGAAGGUGGAGGCCACUCAGGGCGACCUCCUGGCUAAGAACAAGUUCAGGGUGGUCAUUUAUCAGGGUGACCAGGAAGUGAAGGCCAUCACACCCGGCAAUGAGCCAGCAGAACCCAGCGGCAGCACCAGUGCUAGAGCUGAGGUGGAACCGGACAAAUUUGAGCUUCCUCCAGAGUCGGACGAGGAGUACAUGGUGGUGGAGGAGGCAGACUCCUCAGCAGCCACCCGCAUGAAGAAGACCGGCCUGACGCGUAUUGAGAGCUUCAAAGCCACCUUCUCCAAGGAGAACAUGAGCAAGACCCGCGACAACCUGGGUACCAAGGUCAACAAGCUGGGUGAGCGCAUUGUGACAGCUGAGAGGCGUGAGAAGAUCCGCCAGUCCGGCGAGAGGCUGAAGCAGUCGGGCGAGAGGCUGAAAGAGACCAUCACCAAGAGCGUCCCGGCCAAGCUCAACCUGAAAAAGGAGAGGACUGUGGCGGAGGGCCAGGAAGGAGCCGAGGGCUCCGCGGAGGGAGCAGUUCCAGUACCUCCUCCCAAAGGCCGCAAGGGCAGUCCAGACGCCGCCAAGGCAGGUGCUGAUGAGGGCAAGGCAGAGGAGUCUGAGGUGCCAAUGUAUGACAUGAAACAGCUAUCGUAGACGGCGACAAGAUCUGGGCCGUUUUGUUUUGGACCACUGAGACCACACACAGCAAGCAAAAGAAGUUUUUAAGGUCACUGCUACCGAGCAGAACUGGAAGAGUGCAAAUAAUGAAGAUGGACAUUUGUUUGACCGUUAAUGAAGGAAGUGAGCAGAGGACAGUCAGAUCCAGUCUGACCAUCAAGACACCAACCAGAUGGAUUCCUGAUCGCUGAGGUUAUUUCAUACGCAGUUACGUGUGUUCUGGACAUUCAUUACCAAACAAGCUAAAAUAUUUAAGAUUUUUGUUCUGCAUUCAAUAAACACUGAUUUUGGGAAAAUAAAUGAGCAAAAUGUUCAGAACUUCUCUGCAAAACAUUUCCCACCAUCACGCCACUGCUGUUCACUUGUUUUUGCAUGUCGAUGAGAUUGAAAUGUUGGAUGAUGUAACGGGGUGACGGUAUGUUUGAUUCUGUAAAAUGCUGAAGAGAGAUAAAGAGUUUUGCACUCAUUACAGCUGAAAUAAUUAAAUUGUUAAAAACUGUG